CGCUUCAUUCUUCUAUAUUUUCUCUUCUUCUUCUUCUUCUUCUUCCUAAACACGCUUUCCAAUCCAAUCUCUGGAAUCCACGAAACCCCAUAGAAGAAACCCACAAAGAUUCUUUAUAUAUACAGAAAAAUACUUCCUUUGUUGGGCAUUUUCUGUUUUUGAAUUUUCAUGUACAGAUCCGGAGCUGUGAUGGCUUGGAAUGUGUUUAAAUUCUGCACGGCCCUCCGGGCCAUGGGUUCCAUCUUGAUCCUAUUGGUUCUCUGCGUCGUCGGUGUCUCCUAUUACGCCGUUGUUUUGUGCAUUUAUGGGCCGGCUUUGUUCGAGGGCAGCCUUGUUUAUUCUCUCACUGCAUUGGUUGUCUUCAUCUUGUUUCAUUUUCUUUUGGUGAUGUUGCUAUGGAGUUACUUCACUGUUAUCUUCACUGAUCCGGGUAGUGUACCACCUAACUGGAGGCCUGUAUUGGAUGAGGAGAGAGGUGAAACUGCUCUAUUGACUGGGGCAGAGUACAAUGGCACUGUGCCUGUGGACCCGACAAACCGAAGAAUCUGGUUUUGUUGGAAGUGCAACCAACUGAAACCACCCCGGUGCCAUCAUUGUUCAGUUUGCGGCAGGUGUGUGCUGAAGAUGGACCAUCACUGUGUGUGGGUUGUCAAUUGUGUUGGUGCAUUGAACUACAAGUAUUUCCUUCUUUUCCUGUUCUAUGCAUUUCUUGAAACAAGCCUUGUCACUUUAUCAUUACUGCCACAAUUUAUAGCAUUCUUUAGUGAUGGAGAGAUACCUGGGGCACCGGGCAUGCUGGUGACCACUUUUCUUGCCUUUGUGUUAAAUCUUGCAUUUGCAUUGAGUAUAUUGGGUUUUCUGAUUAUGCACAUAUCAUUGGUCGCUGCUAACACCACAACCAUUGAGGCAUAUGAGACGAUAACUCCAAAGUGGCUUUAUGACCUUGGUCAAAAGAGGAACUUUGAACAGGUUUUCGGGAUGGACAAACGAUAUUGGUUCAUCCCAGCUUAUUCAGAAGAAGAUAUUCGAAGGAUGCCUGUUCUUCAGGGUCUUGAAUAUCCAUCAAGACCCAAUGCAGAUGCUCAAGAGCUCUAGGCGUGAUUUGCAUCAGAUUCAAAAACUCCAGCAUCGAAUGUUCUUUGCCUUGAAACCGAUCGACCAGGCCACAAGACUAUAACAGGCUCAAGGCCACGUAGCUGACCAGGUAUACAAGAGAAAUAGGUGUGUCCAAUGGAGCAGCUCAGGCGCAACGACAUCUAAAGCCUGGGUGCCGGUGCUUGAUAGCCGAUGCCAAAAUCAUGUUUUCGACAUUCUUCAGACAGGGAAAUCUGGGAUCACUGAGAUGACGAAAACACGGGUGUUUGUUUGGUCGCAUGCCAAUGUUUGUAGAAUUAAUGCUACAACGAGUUAUUCGGAUUGCGGUUGUGUAUAAGGUAGGUAGGUUUUUAGGCACUUUGCUAGUUGCAAAUUUCCCAGAUUCAGGAUCCAAAGAAAGGUGAAUUUAAAGGGUUGUAUUUGUUGAACAAAGUUUGAAUCUUGCUUGAACCAUUUGCAGGUGAGAUUCGUUUCUAGAUUUAUAUUGCUAUCCCAGCAAUUGAAGCAGGCUGCGGUCGAAAUGGUAAAGUUGUUU